AAAAAGAAAACGUCGGACUCUUUGGCUUUAAGUAAGAAAUUGUAAAAAAGAAAAAAAAAAAAAAAAAAAAAAAAAGGAAAAAUCCAAAAACCAGACGACGCGUGACGGACGCUCACCUGUAACUACCUUGCUAGCUAGCCAAGAACAGACCAGACUCACCUCUGCUCCAAAGGAAAUCCAAAACCAAGGAAGAUCCAAACGUCUCUCCACUGCCAAAGUUCGUUUCGUUCUGUUGUCGCUUCCUUCCCCUCCCCACAAGGAUGGAUGGACAUGCCCCUGGGGCUUUAAAGAAUUUCUAUUAAAAUAAAGCAAAAAAAAAAAAAAAAAAAAAAAAGGUGUUUUUUUACUAAAACCCCAACCCCCAAGGCGUGGGAGGGGGAGAUGGGGCUGAGAACCGCAGCCGGAGCCGGCACCUCUCUACCUCUGCCCGCCACCACCCUGGAAAAGGAGAACAAAAAGGAGAUUAAAAAGCAAAAAAAAAAAGAGAAUAAUAAUUAAAAAAAAUUUCAAAAAAAAGGGAAGUUAAAAAGAUGGAUUUUGGGUUUCUCCCUCCCCAAAGCCGUCGGGGGACCCCCCAUCCCUUCACUGCCAGGCUGCUCCCACACCCCGCGCUGGAUUUGUUUCACAAGGAUUUUUAAGAGGAAAAGGAAAGGAAAAGGAAAGGAAAAGGAACGCUGCCGCCUUCCUGGCCAAGGACAAUGUGGAUUAUUGGGAUUCUUGCCUCGCUGGAGCAGCACGGAGGAGGAAGUGCAAUAGGGGAAGCCCGAGCUCCGAGCGGAGGCAGCAGUGCUGUGCGCUAAUGUGAAUGUAAAUAGUGUCUGCAGAGGUCCAAAAAUGAACCAUAAUAAUAAUAAUAAUGAUGCUAGUGAUAAUAAUAAGAGACGUUUGCCAAAUAAAGGAUGAGGAGGAAGCGUGGAGCCAUGGCGCUGGCCCGAGCAGGCCUGGCAUCGAGAGGAGCUGUAGUUUUUCUGCAUUUGCAAAACCCAUCCUGUGUGUUUUCCGUAGGGGAGGAAGAGGAGGGCAGGGCUCGGGGCUGGGGGGGUUGUGCUGCCGGUCACAGGGCUGGGCUGGGCCACAGCAGAGCUUGGCACACGCCAAGGGUGAUGGCCCUGUGCCGCUGUCACCCAGCCCUGCUGGGGGUUCUGUGUGCCCCAAGGCCUUGGUGCAUCCCCUGGGAGGGCUCUGCGCACCCCAAAAUCUUGGUGUGUCACCUUGGAUGAGUUCUGUGCACCCUGAGACCCAGGGGGGUUUCUGUGCACCCCGAGAUCUCUCUGAAUCCUCCCAGGGUUGUUGUUCUGUGGUCUCGGUGCAUCCUCCCCAGGAGGUUUCUCUGCUCCUCAAGAUCUUGGUGCAUCCUCUUGGGAGGGUUCUGUGCACCCCAAGAUCUUUGUGCAUCCUCUUGGGAGGGUUCUGUGCACCCCAAGGUCUUGGUGCACCCUCCUGGGAGGUUUCUCUGCACCCCAAGGUCUUGGUGCACCCUCCUGGGAAGGUUCUGUGCACCCCAAGAUCUUGGUGCAUCCUCCUGGGAAGGUUCUGUGCACCCAAAGAUCUUGGUGCAUCCCCCCAGGGGUUUCCUGUGCACCCCAAGGUCUUGGCCCAACCCCGGGGACGUUUCUGUGCCCCCCAAGACCUCGGUGCACCCCCUGGGUGGUUUCUGUGCCCCCACCCCAACCCUGGGAGCUUCACCGGGUGCCCCUCCCGUGACUGUUCACUUUAUUUAUGGUGUGACAUAUGUAAUAUUGUCUAUUUUUCUUACGUUUCCUGAGAAGAGGUAAUAUAUAAGAGUAUUGCAGAUGCCCCUGCUCGCCCGGGUGNCAGAGCCU